AUGCAUCAAACAGGAGCAAGGGGAGUAAGUAGUUCUGGAAUAACAUCUGUCCAAUGCUUAAGCAGGAUUUUGCGAGAAUAUAGAGAAAUACAAAAAGAGCCUAGUUCUUACUGGUGUGCAUUUCCAAUAAAUAUGGAUGAACCAUAUGAGUGGCAUUUCACCAUUAAAGGUCCUGCUGGAACCGAGUUUGAGGGAGGAAUGUAUCACGGAAGAAUAUUACUGCCACAUUCAUAUCCAUUUUCCCCUCCAUCUCUAAUGAUGUUAACAGGGAAUGGCCGUUUUGAAGUUGGAAAGAAAGUAUGUUUGAGUGCCAGUAACUACCACCCUGAACUUUGGCAACCUGCUUGGGGAAUCAGAACCAUGUUGGACGCCUUACAUGCCUUUUUUCCAACACCAGGAGAAGGAGCAAUACAUUCUUUAGAUUGGAGUCCUGAAAUCAGAAAGAAAUUAGCUAAGGAUAGUGUUAACUGGCGCUGCAACACUUGCCAGGAAACAAAUAUGGAAACUCUUUCUCGUCUGUCUCCCGAGGACCAAACUACAUAUUCUAGAGAAUCCACAACUCAUAGUGAAAAUCCUUUAAUUCAGCAUAUAAAUAAAUGUAUAAGCGAGUCUAAAACCACCGGAAAUGGCGGAAACAAAGAUAAAGAUGCAGAAAAUAUCUCAGAUAAAGAAGAUGAACGUAAGAGUACAGAGAAUAAUCAGAAAUUUGGCACAGAAGAAUCAAAAAGUCUCGAAGUUACAGAUAGGGAUGAGUCUUACAACAACUUAAACAGUAAAGACCAGCCCAGUUCACAACAAGUUUCUUCAAAUCAACAUUUGAGAACCGGUGAAAUUCCUCCAAACAGGCUCCCUCCGAGGAUUUCUCAGCAAAGUAUUGCUUGGAGCCUAAUACUUGUAAAAAAACCUUCAAACAUUUUGGAAGGAGUGGCAACUCUAAUAGAUUUACUUAUUGGUGUUUUAUUGAUCACAAUAUUUUUGCUUUCUAUCAGAUUGUUUUCUACCUUUAUAUUAUAG